CUUUGUCCCGCUUCACCACCACGCCAGCGUACCAUGGCGUCCAAGUCAUCCCGGCCUCCGCCCGAAUACGUUCUUAAGAUAGGACCAUAUCACCUGGAAGAGCUUGAACGCAGGGGCGUGUCGAGGACGGAGAUAUGCAUACGGCUGUUCAUUCCGACCUUCUUCGUAUGGGCCAUAGUCCAACGCUGGGCGGUCCUUGGUAUCCUCCCCAAAAUCAUACUCGCAGCCCUACUCGCACCGUACUAUCUUAUCGCUAUCCCGACCUGUCUGCUCGCUGUGAUCUUCCCCGACUGUCCGUACAGAACCACUGAGGCCGCCAUUCUCCACGACCUAUUUCAUCUCUUGGUCGACCUACUCGCGCCUUACAGCCCUCUGUUUUCGUCCCUUCAAAAGUCUGUUUUGACGUGGAGUGCAAGGAUGAAGGAAAUUGAGGGGGAUGGGUCACUCGUCGUCCCUGUUUUACGGGAAGUAGCGCGUAUCUCGACAAAAGAGGAGUUGGUGACCGAGAUCAGGAAUGCAGCAAGGACUAUUCGCCCCGUGCACGCCAUCGUCCUUCUCCACAACCUCGUCAUCGAUUACUCUGGACUGCCCGACGACUUCGCUGCGUUCCCCUGGACCACAAAGAAGUCCACUGUCGACAUCCAGCCGAGGCUAUCAGCCCUCUCGCCUCUGGUGGCGCAGACACUCGUCCGAAUGGGGUUAGACAUUGUGCGGAACGAGCUGAAGUCGGACGCGCCAGAGAGCGCACUGCCGUGGCCGUGGGACGCGCCGGCCGCCGUCGCCCUCCGCUGUGCCAAGACGCUCUUGCAGGCGGCGAAGCUUGACUCCACCACGAGAGAGGCGCUGCGUGUGGAGAUGCGAGCGAUUGUGGCGACUUGCUGGAUCCGGGACAGCGGCGACGCCGAUUUGCUGUGAGAAGUUGAUGUCUGGUCUCAUUUGUGGCAGGGCUGUCAGGUAUGUGCCACCAUUUAGCCCAAGUGUCGUCCGGGUGUUC